AUGCCGAAACCACUCCUGCGGAUUCCCUACACGGAAAUCCUCGCAGCUCCGACCGUCGCGCCCCCGUCCGCCACCUCCGUCCCCGGCGCCGUCGCCGCCCUCCGUCGCUUCUUCGCCGCGCCGCUGCCCGACCCCUCCCGCGCCCCCAAGACCCUCGUCCUCACCGGCGCCGGCCUCUCCGUCGCCUCGGGCCUCCCCGACUACCGCGGCGUCAACGGCACCUACCGCGUCAACAAGACCUACCGCCCCAUCUUCCACCACGAGUUCCUCGCCAGCCACGAGGCCCGCAAGCGCUACUGGGCGCGCAGCUUCCUCGGCUGGUCCGCCACCCACGGCGCCGCCCCCAACGCCGCCCACUAUGCCGUCCGCGACAUGGGCCGCCUCGGCCUGCUCAGCGCCGUCGUCACCCAGAACGUCGACUCCUUCCACACCAGGGCCCACCCCGAGAUGCCGACCAUCGAGCUGCACGGCUACCUCCGCACCGUCGUCUGCACCGGCUGCCGGUCCGAGCUCGACCGCAACGAGUUCCAGAGGGAGCUGGCGCGCCUGAACCCGCGCUGGGACGCGUUUCUGCAGGAGGCGCUGCGGACGGGCGCGCUGGGCUCCGAGGACCCGGCGCAGCGCGCCCGCCGCGGCAUCAAGACCAACCCCGACGGCGACGUCGACCUCCCGGACGCGCCAUACACGACCUUCCGGUACCCGCCGUGCCCCAGAUGUCUGACAGAGCCGCCGCUCAACAGCGACUCGCACCGCUCAGUUGUCGAAACGGACGCCGACGGCGCGUGGGCGGCGCCGAGCACUGGCGGCAUCCUCAAGCCCAACGUGGUCAUGUUCGGUGAGAGCAUCGCCGCCGCGGUCCGGGACGCCGCCGAGGAGGCCGUCAACUCCGCCGACCGGCUGCUCGUCAUGGGCACCUCGCUGGCCACCUACUCGGCGUGGCGCCUCGCGCGGCAGGCCAAGGCGCGCCGCAUGCCCAUCGCCGUGGUCAACGCGGGCGGCGUCCGCGGCGAGGACCACUUCUUCGCCGACCUCGACCCGCACCAGCGUGGCGAGCUGGGCGUGCGGACGGAGGUGAUGACGGAGGAACUGCUGCCUGCUCUCAUGGAGGAGCUGCGCAAGGAUGCGGCUCAGCAUCAUCACCACGAGGCUGCGCCAGAUGUACAAAGACAAAACUCCGAUGUAUUCAAAGAUAUGCUCUCGUAA